UCCUCAAUAAGUCAAUUGUAAACGUGAUUAUGUUUUACUCUAUGCUCAUUUAGCGUUGCGCAAAGUUAUAAAACUCUUUAAUUGAUUUGACAUGCAUGCUUACUUUUAAUAGUAAAUAUUUUAUGUCAUUUCUAUACGAAUACAAACCAGUUACUUCAACUUACGUAGAAGUUACGUUACUUAUUUUUGGUGUUGUAGCAGGCUGUUUUAAGAACGAUUUAAAAUGUAUAGUGAAAAUACUUCAUCUCUCCUUCAAAGACAAGAGUCGACUGGCCGCAAGAUGUCGGGUGGAGGAACGACCGGAGCGUUGCUGUACGCGGUCUCCGCGGCAGUGCUGGGAAUGCUUCAAUUCGGCUUUAACACUGGAGUCAUCAACGCACCGAGAGAGUUUAUCGAAAACUUCAUCAAUGAAAACUAUUCCGUUAACUCCGGCACCGUCUUCAGUGUCAUCGUGAGCAUAUUUGCUAUCGGCGGUAUGAUUGGCUGUCCACUAGCCAGUUGGAUCGCUGAUAAACGUGGUCGCAAAUUUGCGUUAAUUGUGAACGCAGCUUUCGGUGUUAUAGGCGCAGUGUUUAUGGGCUUUAGUAAAGUGUCAACGUCACUGGCAAUGUUGAUCAUCGGUAGGUUUCUCAUUGGUAUAAAUUGCGGCUUUGCUACGACGGCGUCGCCUACCUACGUGUCUGAAGUUGCGCCUGUCAGAUUACGAGGUGCAUUUGGAACUGUCAAUCAGCUGGCCGUUGCCUUUGGACUGGUCGGCGGACAGAUUUUAGGCAUUGACGUUAUUUUGGGUAGCAACGAAGGUUGGCCGUGGCUUCUCGGAUUAGCUAUAGUCCCGUCGGCAGUUCAGUGUGUAAUGUUGCCAUUUGCUCCAGAGUCUCCUCGAUAUCUUCUUUUCGUACAGCGUGACGAGGAACAAGCGAGGAGGGCGUUAACAAAAAUAAGAGGUACGACAGAAAUUGAUGAUGAAAUUAAAGAUAUGCACGAUGAGGAUCGAGCAGAAAAGCAAGAGGAGAAAUUUAGUAUCGGUGAUUUAUUAAGAAUGGAAAGUUUACGAACUCCUAUGAUUAUUGGAAUUGUUAUGCAUCUGUCGCAACAACUUGGAGGCAUCAACGCCGUUCUAUACUAUUCGGCAUCAAUUUUUGUCAGCACAGGAUUAACGGAAAGAGAUGCAAGAUUGGCUUCGAUCGGUGUCGGCAGCAUGUUGUUUAUAAUGGCGUUAGUGUCUAUUCCUUUAAUGGAUCGUCUAGGUAGGCGCACUCUACAGUUGUGUGGUCUCGGUGGUAUGACUCUGUUUUCAAUUCUAAUGACAAUAGCGUUCUUCACAUACGAGAACAACACCACCAUGAGCAUAUUCGCUGUUUUGUUCACUCUAUUAUACGUUGCCUUUUUCGGUGUCGGUCCCAGUUCCAUACCGUGGAUGAUUUUAUCUGAACUAUUCGGACAAGGGGCUCGAAGUGCCGCUGUUAGUGUCGGAGCGCUUGUGAACUGGUUCGCUAAUUUCAUUGUCGGUCUAACAUUCAUUCCACUAUCAGAUCUACUAGGUAACUUUGUUUUCUUGCCGUUUACAGUACUUUUGAUUAUAUUCUUUGCAUUUACCUACUUCAAAUUGCCCGAAACAAAGAACAGGACUAUCGAAGAAGUGACAGCUCUUUUUAAGAAAUAAUGAUACCUCAAGUAUUUAAUCUAAGCAACAUUCCUUUGAUGUAAGAGAACCUAUUAUUGCAAUAAGUGUACACAAACAAUUUGUGAUAGAAAUUGUAUUAUCUUGUUCGUUUAAAAACUUUUUUAUCUUUGGGAAAAGUUUUAAUGGACCUCGUAUUUACUCAUUGAAAUCGUCUUUCUUCGAUUUCGGAUUAAGGUUAGGAAGACUGAAAACCAACGUACGUUAAAUAUAUUUUAUUAUAAUACUAUGUACUUACCACGGAUACAACUAUAUUAAAUGUUAUAGAGAAGGUAUUAGUUCGCUCUGUUGUUCCUUGCCUUGUAUUAUUAUUAUAAACAUUUUAUCGUGUUUAAUAUAAAUGUUUUUUUGUCUUUUUCUAACAUUAAUUUGGUCAUUUAAUAAAUUUGACAUCUGAAGUCUCAGUAAUAAAAUGGUUGGUGCUCGAGUGUCCUGUCAGAGAAACACAAAUGUCACUAAUAUUAAAAUGACAAUUUCGUUACUAUUUCUCAGUGCCUUACCAUACCGUUUCUAUAUUCCCAUUUAAUUACCAAUCAUGAUAUUAAAAUGUAGAUUUUCAUCGUAUAUAUUGCGGUUAUUUCUAUCGUUCAAAUUUUCUCAGCUCACUUCACCGUCCUAGUGUACAUUAGUGCCAAUAAUGUAUACCGUGUUAUUAGUAAACGUUGAAAUGUAACGAUGAUUUUGUUUUGUCUCUUUCUCCCAUUAUCAGGCUUAUACGUGUUAAACAGUAACAGACUAUAUAUAUAUGUCAUCGUAAAAUUGUAAAUACCGUUAGAUAAUAAUCUAUCUCGCGAUAUUGUGAACCAUAACGUACUGCUUACAAUUUAACGCAUUACUUUUUGGUAGAUUAUAAUCUACCGAAAAGUUAAAUUAUAAAACCUCUAACCUAAUCUAACCGAAAUAUCAUAAACUAUCGAAGUUUUUGAAGUUUUAUUUUGAGUUAAGUCAUCGUUCACGAUAUUUCGGCAGUUUACAAUCUGCAAGAUAGAUUACAAUCUAACGGUAUUUACAAAUCUACGGUGAUAUAUACAAGCGUUAUCAUGAGUCAUUUAUUAAUAACACGGUAGUAGUUCAUAGUAAAUAAAACUGUUGAUAUAUUUAAAAUAUAUAUUAGAUAAUUGUAAGCUAUUUAGACCAAACAUUUAGAUCAAAACUGCACAAUGUAUUUUCUACACGUCAAGUUAAACGGGAACGCCUUAAGUAGAUAAUUUUUUUUAAGUAUUCUUCCAACAAACGAGGUUAAUUAUAUAAGAAAUUCAUGAUACUUCAAUUUAAAUUCAAAAUAAUUGUUACGGUGUUGUUCUGCAAAAUAUUUGUAAUAAAUUAUAUUCAUUGCAAAUUGUUGAUUGUGCAAUUACUUAUAUAAUUAUGUAUAUUAAAAUAAAUUAUUUGCUUGCAAUUUUACGUUGACUUGAUUAUAUUUAUGUUUAUAUGCUUGUAUGAAUGUAUAAUUCUAAUAAUCGUAUCGGCUAUAUUUAUAAAGACCACGUGCAUGUGUCAUUUUGUGGUAACCUCGAUGUAUAAAGUAUGAAAUUACGAUAUCUUAACGCUGAUUUGCAUUCAAGAAUAAAUUGUAUAUUAUUAAUUAUAUUUUAACACAACAAGUUAAUUUUAUACUUGUCUAUACAAUUUUAUUGAAAACAUAUUUUUUUAAUGUUUGUUGUAAUAUUGAUGAAAGUUUUUUUUUUUUUAUUAUAUAUUAUAUUAUGACUUAAGAUAUUCCCGUUUACAAAUUAUAUUAUACGAUAAACCUUAUUAUUAUUAACAAAAUCAUGUAAUAAUUCGUAAAUUAUGACUAGUUGAUAUUGCACGUUUAUAUGUAGAAUCAAUACAUUAUUAAAAAAAAAAACAUGUAAAAAUUUAAAUUUCGAAUAUCUCGACAUUUGUUAUAGAUAAUAUAAAUUAUUUCUACGGAACAUAUAAUAUAUAAACACCUUUAAGCAUUACGUUACAAUUAUAUUUUCUACGUUUAUAUAUAUCUAUAUUUUUUUGCUAAAUAAUUUUAUUAUGUAAUAUGUUAUGAUUUUUGUUAUGUAAUCGUGUAAAUAAGUACGAUAUUAAAAUAUUAUUGUAAA